AUGUCCUGGAAUAAUUCCUUAGAAAAUAGCGAACAUAGUGAAGAAAUUCAAGUCGGAUCGAAUAUAUUCUCGGAAUUGGUUCGCUAUCCUAGUAAUUUCUCAGAAUUAUUACGUUUUUGGCAAUCUAUUCAAAAGGCGGCAGAAAAUGAUAAGAACAACAACCAACAUAAUCAAGUUAAGAAUAUAGCAAAACCAACAAAUGCCAACAACAACAACAGCGACAACGGCAGCGAGAACAACAACAACCAUUUGCCAAAAGGUAUCAAGGAACUGCAUAUAUAUUACUAUAAACAUUGGAACCUAUACGCUCAGUUCAUGACGUAUGACAUCAGAACACAUAUAGUUCGUAAAUAUUUACAUAUAUUUAUUUUUAUGGACUUUUUAAUGCCUCCAAGUAGAGACUGUGAAUCUUCUGUUCCAAAUUAUGUCGCUCGUAAGAUAUAUGUGGGAAGGCGAGGUAAUUAUAAAGUUGAUACCUUUUUGAUUGGUCGUCGCCGUUUUACGUUUUUAAUAGCGCAAAAGUAUCCAUUAGAAGUCGUAUGUCCCCGUAAAAUCAUGAUCGGUACUUUUAAUUUACCAUUCCGUGUGCGUAAAUUUUUAUAUGACAAUAUUCUUGAAAUAUUUGAUCUGGACAAUGAUCAUAACCAUUGUAAAUUCCAACUUAUUGUGGAGCACUACUUAUACAGUGCUUCGCGUUCUAUUCCAAUGUUUAUGCUAAGCUAUUCCACUAUAAAUUCGGAUUGGCAUUUAACUUCAAAUACAAUUGUUAGUGCUUCAAAUCAAGUAGUGCGUUUAAAUACAUUGCUGCCGUUUCGUAGAUAUCCACUAAAUGAUGAAAUUAAACGCUUAAUGCCUUUUUCUCGUUAUACUGAUCACUAUUGUAAUUUCAUCGAAGAGCUCUGUGUAUGUAUGACAUAUAUUAUAAACUCAUGUCCAGUUUUGUUGAAUCCCACACAGUUCAGUCAACUUCGCAUUGCAAGUAAUGGUUACAAUAAUUGGAUUUCAGGUUUUCUACUUGAUAAAACUUGUGGUCUUGGUUAUCAUUUCAUGACUAAAAAAAUGGGUAUAAUCUUCAACGAUUCCACAAUGUUGGUUGUAAGUUCGAUAGAUUUAUCUCAAUUGGAGUACACUAAUGUUCUUGGCAGAACAAAUCGCGUAAAUUUUCCAUUUGAUUAUAAUUAUUUGGGCUUAAAAAUGAAGCUGUUAUUAUCCUUUAAAAAAUAUAUGGAUCAUAAUUUCAAAGUACCAAUCGUCCAAUACAGUCGUGGACAAAAGUUGCCAGGUGCUCCGGUGGUGUGUUGGUUCCAAACACAACAUGUUGUUGCCAUGUUCAUUAGCGAUAAUAAAAUUCAGUUCAAUUUUUUGGGUGAACGUUUCAGAGCUAUAUUUGACUUGAACAAUAAUACUAUGACAAUAUCAGAUCAGAACUGUCCACUCAGACGGGGUUGUUACCGAUUUAGAGAUGUUGCCCAUUAUGGCUGCGAUACUGACUUACUGGAUAAAAUUGCUUAUUUGCGCCAAAAAAUGUUGGAUACCAUGCAAUUAUAUACAAAACACUAA